AUGGUCGGAAGCACUAAUGAGGCUAGUGGAAGCACACCAGUGUCAAUAUUGGCAAAAAACGGCAAUACCACGAGGGAAAUCACAGCUUACAAAGGUGGUAGUGGCGGGGCGCAAAACACCCAAGAGAGCACGCCUAGCUAUCGCCCCGCGGAGGAAAGCACGUAUAUGAACCCACAAAAGCUAAGAGUGGUAACUUCCGGGAAAGAUAAGGAGUCCAACGGCCCGGCCGCCACAGGGCAGCGGGUGGAAAGCAGCGUCGGCGCCGAGCAGGCGCGGUCUGCAAGCGGGGCGGGGUUAAAGAGCCCCAUGAGCGCCCUGGGCACUGCAGUUUCGUUUACGGUGUCGAAUAUCGCGGACAAGAUCUCACAUAGAGGCUCUAUCUCCGCGAGACCGUCAUCUGUGGCGCUCGCUGCGCAAGCUAAUAAUGGCGUUGGCGGGGGUGGCGCUCAGGGCGAAGAGCAACCGCCGGUCAACACAGGGACGCCUUUCGGGUCAUCUGCAGCGUCAUCGCGCCAGAACUCAGUUCAUAUUCCGGGUGAGUUCAUUUUCUUUGAGCCCACUAAUAGGCCGCAGUCUGCUUCCCCUUCGGCGAACUCAAGCGCCGUGCGCAAGUUGCCCCACCACUCGAACAAGGCUAUCAUCGAUUCACAGCCAGGUCCACAGGUUCCGUUCACAGAGUUUUUCCAGAAGCAGGACGACAAGAAGAUUCAUAUUUUGAUAGGCGCCACUGGCUCGGUCGCCACAAUAAAAGUGCCUGCAAUUAUUGACAAGUUGUUUAAGACAUACGGUCCCGACAAAGUGUCCAUCCAGCUAGUGGUCACCAAGCCAGCGGAACACUUUCUUAGAGGGCUUAAAAUAUCUACAGACGUGAAAAUCUGGCGUGACGAGGAUGAGUGGUGCGGCUUCAAGCGAAUGGGUGACCCAGUUCUACAUACAGAGCUACGGCGGUGGGCGGACGUGUGCCUUCUGGCCCCGUUGUCCGCAAACACCCUGGCCAAAAUUGCGAACGGCAUAUGCGACAACCUACUAACUUCACUACUACGGUGCUGGACGGCCUCCACUCCAGUGCUGGUUGCACCAGCAAUGAACACGUUCAUGUACACACACCCUGUGACCAAGAAACAUCUCACCAUGCUACAGGAGGACUGGCCUUUCAUAACGGUUCUGAAGCCUGUUGAAAAGGUGCUAGUAUGCGGCGACAUUGGAAUGGGUGGGAUGCGUGAUUGGCACGACAUUGUCGAUAUCCUGACAAAAAAGAUCUCUGAGAUCCGCGGUGGUGUCGGCGGUUCUGACGCCGAAGAAGAGGAUGGCGACGACGAUGACGAUGAGGCGGAUGCUAACGCGGCUGAUGAAACAGACAGCGAAGAUAGUGGGCUUGACGACGACGAUGAUGAUGACGAUGAAGAUGACGAUGACGAUGGUGAAGAGGGCAACGCGAACGGCAGUGGCUACAGGGAUCUCAAAGACCCCCAGAACGUAGAGCCGCUGGCUCCGCUGCGAAGCGCGCGCUCGGUGCAAGGCUCACAGUCUUAA